AUGGGAAUAGCAUGCUGUAAAAAUUAAGACGUUGCGAGGUUCAAUAUAUAACCUAUUAUUCCAUUGAUUCCAACUGAAGAAGCUUCUUUAGAUGAAACAAAAAUAGUGAAAAUAUAAACCAGUAUCAGACGUUACCUAUCAAAAACUAAAUAAAAAUAAAAAUCGGAGGUUUCAGCCACACCUGCAGUAUAAGUCUAAUCGCAUACGAAUGAACAAGUAGUUGAGAUUAUCGAAAUAAUCCCGAAAGAUGCAUAAAAAGUAGAGUGGCCUUAAAUUUUGCUUUAAGCUGUGCAAAACAAAUUAAAAGAGUUGGCACCUCUCAAAUAAUUGACAUACUCAUGCUAUCUAUUAGAUGAUGGAUGCUAUUUUCAAGGAGAUUUUGUGAAUUAAUAAAAAGAAGGGUUUGGAAGAUAAAUUGAUUAGGAUGGUUCGUUAUAUGAAGGAACAUUUAAGCAAAAUGUAAAACAAGGGAAGGGAAGAUAGAUUAGUUGUGAUGGAAGUGUAUAUGAAGGAAAUUUUGAUGAUAAUGAAUAUGAUGGUUAUGGUGAAUUUUAAGAUUCGUAUGGAUUUGUCUAUAAAGGAGAAUGGAAGUAAUCAUUGUUCCAUGGAGAAGGUCACGAGAUCAAUGAGUAAUUCUAAUACAAAGGAGCAUAUAAACAGGGAUACAGGACUGGAUAUGGAGAGAUCACAUAUGUUGAUGGAAAUAAGUAUAUGGGAGAAUUUCAGAAAAACAAGUUUGAAGGUUUUGGUAUAUUUAUAUAUGCGGACGGAAGGAAAUAUGAAGGAGGUUGGAUGAAUAACUAGAUGCAUGGCAAAGGGACCUUCUCUUGGCCUAAUGGACGAAAGUACACGGGAAACUAUCAUUUGGAUCUGAAGGAAGGUUUAGGAGAAUUCAUUUUUGAGAAUGGUAGUAGCUACAGGGGGAUGUGGAAACAAGGAAAAUAGCAUGGACAUGGCAUAAUGAUUUCAGAGUUGGGAGAUCAAAGAGAAGGGGAGUGGGUUGAAGGAAGAAGAAUAAAAUGGAGAUGA